AUGCCCGCCGCCGUAGUUCUCAAUGUGGCCGAAAAGCCAUCCGUUGCCAAAAGCAUAGCGGCACUUUACCCGCCUGCCAACAAACGCUACAUUAAUUCGGCCAGUCAGUUCAAUCCGGUUGUUGCUUUUGACGAUGUGGAGUUCGAGGGGCAUGCAGGCGCGACGAUGAUAUUUACCUCCGUUCGAGGGCAUUUGACGGAAGUGGACUAUGAGGAGGAGUACCAGGAGUGGCGUCGGUGUCCGCCGUCUGCAUUGUUUUCGGCACCCAUUGAGCGUAAGGUGCCAAAGGACAGCAAGUCCCUGGAGCGCAACCUGCGCACCUUGUCCAAGGACUGCAGCCACCUGGUCCUAUGGCUGGAUUGCGACCGAGAGGGAGAAGCCAUUGCGCACGAAGUCAUGGAGGUUUGUUUGAAAAGCAACCGCCGACUCCACUGCCUCAGAGCACACUUCAGUGCGGUGACCGCACAAGCUGUGCAACGCGCUUUGAACUCCCUCACAGCACCAGACCAGAAGCAGGCACAGGCCGUGGAAGUCCGUAGGGAAUUGGACCUCAGAAUCGGGACAUCCAUCACCAGAUUGCUCACACUCAAGUUUGUCAAGAAAUUCGACAUGCCCACCAAGGUCGUCAGCUAUGGACCCUGUCAACUACCCACCCUCGGCUUCGUCGUCACCCGCUGGCUGGCAAUCCAAAGAUUUCAACCUGAAGAUUACUACUAUCUAACUCUCACCGUAAAUAAGGCUCAACAGCCUGUGGUCUUCUCUUGCCAAGGCGAUCGCAUCUAUGACAAAACCCUCGCCCUAAUGAUCUAUCAGAAGUGCCUGGUUUCAUCUUGCGUUGUGAGCUCGGUACAGAAAAAGGAAACUACCCAUCGGAAACCCAAACCCAUGAGUGAAACUUAG